GGAAGGGGACACAUAACAAUCAGCCGUAAUCCUCUUGUUACAAAACCAGUUUCACCAAACGGAGGUUUUGGGAUGAAUUAGCAUAUAUUUUUGUUUUUAAUUUCAUUUUUAUCGGAAACUGUGUCUUUUCAAUAUGUCUGAAAUUGACAACGAAACCGAACAGUUUCACGAAGAUAAUGAAAAUGAUAAUGAAUUCGACGCCGAAGCUCAGUUAUUGGAGAGUGGGGAAAUUGAAGGAGAUACAAAUGCCGCAGACGAUUCUACGGCAGAUGACCCUGAACUAGAAGCAAUCAAGGCAAGAGUAAGAGAAAUGGAAGAAGAAGCAGAAAAACUUAAAGAAAUGCAAAAAGAAGUAGAUACACAGAUGAACAUGACGUCCCCAACCACCGCUAGUCCUUUUCCAACACCAGAAGAAAAGAUGGAUGCAGACACAAGAUCAGUUUAUGUUGGGAAUGUUGACUAUGGAGCCACAGCAGAAGAACUGGAACAACAUUUCCAUGGAUGUGGCUCUGUCAAUAGGGUCACCAUACUCUGUGAUAAAUACACUGGCCAUCCAAAAGGAUUUGCCUAUGUGGAGUUUGCAGACAAAGAUUCGGUGACCACUGCCCAAGCCCUGGAUGAAUCAUUGUUCAGAGGCAGGCAGAUUAAGGUCAGUGCAAAGCGAACCAACAGACCAGGAAUCAGUACAACCAAUAGAAAACCAAGGGGAUUCAGACCGAGAGGGAGGUUUAGGAGUCCAUAUGGAGGGGGAGGAUACACACCCAGAAGACCAAGUCGAUUCAGAAGAGCUGCGUUCUAUUCUCCAUACUGAAGAUAGAUAUCAUCAAAAUCUUAACGUCAAAAACAAAACAAAAAAAAAAAUACAAGAACAAACAAAAAAAAAUCUCAAAAGAAAACAAAUACAGCAACAAAAAUGAUAUUUGGCAUUUAUAUUAAAAGAAAUAAAAGGAACCUAAACCAUCAAAAUAUUCAAAAAUCUUCCGGAAAAAAAUGUUUAUAUAUUGAAUAAGAAGGUUCAUUUUUAUUGAUUAUUCACUAAACCAUAAGAUUUUAACGUGCCCAUCUUGUUUUUAUCAUGUUCAUGUGUGCAAUAUGUUGACCAAUAUUUGUCGUCUCCGGUUUAUGUUAGGACAAUUCCUGAGAGAAAAGAUUUAGAUGCUCGUGGGAGGGUCCAUAUGAAGGCUUUCUUUUUUUUUUUAACAUUUUCUUUGUGAUUUAUUUCUUAGUUUCUUUUGCAGAUUGGUGUAGCUUGGCUUUUUGAGCGGUGCCAUGCAUCAAUACUGUGUAAAAAUCACUCCAAUGUGCAUAUGUAUAUCUGUUUGAAAAGUAAAUUCUGUUUGCUUUAGUUGUUUUUUUUUUUGUGUGUAAAGUGAUUUGUGUUUGGGUUUUUUUGUAAACCUUUAAUGAUCAUUGGAGUGGUUUAAUUUCACUAGUAUAUAUAUAAAAAGAGGGGAAAUUAAAAAAAAAAAAAGUUAGAAAAAAAGAUAAGAAUAAAAAAAAAUCAGAUAACCCCCAUAGAAAAAAAUAGCAUUUUGAUUUUUGAAAAAAAAAAAAAAAUACACAAAAAAGAAUUGAAUAGGAAAGAGGAGGGAGUUGUCUGGCAGAGGAUGAAGUUACCUGUAGAUGGGCCGAUGUUAUGGACGUCAAGAAGAUGUGUCUCUGUAUUGACUGAUUUUUAGAUUCAAUAAAGUAUGAAUGAACA